AUGGACAAUAAUGAAAACUUCCCGUGUUUAAAGAAAUGUCUAGGAGGGAAGUUCCUUUGUCAAAAUUAUUUCAUGCAAGAAAGAGUUGUUUUAGACUUUGAUUUAACACAACAACAAAAAGAAAUUCUUGCAGAUCAUAAUAUAUGGAGCUAUAACACAUUAUCUGACGAAGAAAAAUCAUAUAUUACUGAGAAAUUAUCUCUUGGUAAUUUUGUUAAACUACCAAAACAAUUUUUAGUUCCUUCAGACGAUUUACUAACAUAUACAUGCGGAUAUGAUGCCAUUGAUAGACUAUUUUCUCCUUUAAUCAGCGGUGUUGUUACUGAAAUUUGCGGAAUUCCGGGAAGUGGAAGAACAUCAUUAUGCUUACGAUACGCAGAUUCUAUAUCGAAUACACACUCUACACUUUGGAUUGAUACAGAAGGCGGCUUAUGCGUUCCAAAGGAUCUCAAACUUCAUGUUCUGAGAGUUCUCGACCAUCCAAUGCUAUUUUCGCUUACAAGAACUAUUCCUAAAUUAGUUAAUGACAUAGGAAACGUAGGAUUAAUAGUAAUAGACUCAAUUGCAGCUCCAUUAAGAGGACAAGCCGUUGAAAUGCAAGGAGAUAGAACUUCAAUGUUAUGGGAGCUCGUUAAAGUACUAAAAUCCAUUGCAAUUUCCAAAGGAAUCGCAGUUUUAAUUACAAAUCACCUUUCUACUGUUCCAUUCCAUGGAAAUGUCCCUUCACUUGGCCACUCUUGGUCACAUGCGUGUACACAUCGUGUGGAGAUUAAGAAGUCAAAUAUUGGAAGAAUUUUGAGAAUAUUAAAAUCUCCUUGCCUUGUAACUAAUGAUAUAUCAUUUGAAAAUGACAAUGAUGUUGUUUGA